AUGGUUAGAGGGGGUGGACUCUUCAUGGAUUCAGAUCCAAUUGGGAACUUCUUUCUCCACAAACCAAUUGUUCUAAACUCUUUCCCUGAAGACAUAAACAACCUCAAGUGGAAACAUAGUCAUAGUCCCAACAACAACAACAACAACAACAACAACAUGGAAGCCACAAUUAGCAGCACCAAGGGAUCUUCACCCAAACACAGCAGCACCAUACCCUUCCAAGUAAACCUUAACUGUUCUACAGACAACCAUGCCUCUCCAUCAUCAUCUCAUGACAACAAUAGAACAGAAAUGGACUUCUUCACUGACAAGAACAACAACCAUGAUAAGGUUUCCUCUGCCUCUUUGCCUGACAAUGAUCAUACACAUGAUCAUUCCACCACUCCACCUAUGUUGGAAUUCAAAGUAAACACUGGUCUGAAUCUUCUUACUACCAACACUAGCAGUGAUCAAUCUAUGGUGGAUGACGAUGUAUCACCUAAUUCAGAAGACAGAAGAACUAAGAACGAGCUGGCUGUUCUUCAGGCUGAGCUUGAGAGAAUGAAGGUGGAGAAUCAUCGGUUGAGGGACAUGCUUGAUCAGCUUAAUACCAAUUACAAUGCUCUUCAGAUGCAUUUGAUGAAUUUGAUGCAGGACCAGAAGACUGAGGAUGCUGAAGAACAAGUGUUUGAUGGAAAAUUAAAAGAGAAGAAGCAAGUUGAGCGUGGUGGUGUAUUGGUGCCAAGGCAGUUUAUGGAUCUUGGGUUGACUACUAAUGCUGACACUGAUGAACCCUCUUCUUCAUCACUGGAAAGAACUCAGGAUCAGUCAGGAUCACCAGGGAAUAACAUAGAAGUGGCUUCGAAGGAAUUAGGCACAAGUAAGAAUGGUAAGAAUGUUAGUGAUGAAGGACUUGUGUAUGAUCAAGAUAAGAAGGAAUUUGAUAUGGGGAUUGAAAGAGAUGAUAGCCUCUCAGGUCAGGCUUUUGCUGCUGAUAAAGUUCCAAGGUUCAGUCCUCCAAAAAAUGUUGAUCAAGCAGAGGCCACAAUGAGGAAGGCAAGAGUUUCAGUUAGAGUUCGAUCAGAGGCACCAAUGAUCACUGAUGGGUGUCAAUGGAGAAAGUAUGGACAGAAAAUGGCCAAAGGAAACCCAUGCCCUCGAGCUUAUUAUAGGUGCACUAUGGCUGCUGGUUGCCCAGUUAGAAAACAGGUACAAAGGUGUGCUGAAGACAGAACUGUACUUAUUACAACAUAUGAAGGAAAUCACAAUCACCCUUUGCCUCCAGCAGCUAUGGCAAUGGCACAAACAACAUCAUCAGCUGCAAGAAUGUUGCUUUCAGGAUCAAUGUCAAGCAAUGAUGGACUAAUGAAUGCAAACUUCCUAACAAGGACACUGCUUCCAUGUUCUUCAAGCAUGGCAACUAUCUCAGCAUCUGCUCCAUUCCCAACAGUUACAUUGGACUUAACUCAAUCUCCAAACCCUCUACAGUUCCCAAGGCCUCCAAAUCAGUUACAAAUUCCAUUCCCUCAGAAUUUUGCAAAUUCACCAGCAUCAUUAAUGCCUCAGAUAUUUGGUCAAGCACUCUAUAACCAAUCAAAGUUUUCUGGUUUACAAAUGUCUCAAGAUGCAGACCCUUCAGUACAAUUGGGUAAUAAUCACCCACAACAAGCACCACCACAACUUGCUGAUACAGUUAGUGCUGCCAUUGCUGCUGAUCCAAACUUCACUGCAGCUUUGGCAGCAGCUAUCACUUCCAUUAUUGGUGGUGCUCAGCCAAACAACAAUGGUACUAACAAUAAUGGCAACAACAGCAAUGGCAAUAUCACAAGCAGUGACAAUAGCAAUGGAAAGCAAUAA